AUGUACAUAGUCAGCCCUACAGUCCUCAGUCUCGCAGUAUUUGGACGUGACUUCUUGGGGGGAGUUAUUCGUUCGUUACCUUGCUUUGAAGCGGAGGACAAGAGCCGCGGGCACGACCAGCUCUACAAGGAUACAGAUGCCUCCUCCACCCCACCCCACCCCCCAGGAGCUGCCGAUGAAGCACACUGCACCGCAAUGGAAGCCUUCAAUGAAACCAUCAAGAUCUUUGAAGAGCAGGGCCGGACUCCAGAGAAGCGCAGCCAGGAGGACCUGGAGCACUUCCGGCCUGAGGGCAAUGAAAAAGAGAUGCAGAGGAUCCUGCUGAGGUCAGAAAGGCUCAAGUCUCGCAUCGCCAAGAUCCGCGAGAGCCGCAGGAAGCGGGAACAGGAGCUGCAAACACAGGCCUCGGACAACCGGGAGAUGGAUCAGCGCAUGAACAGCCUGAAGCCAGACCUCACGCAGCUGCGCAGGAUCCGAGACGGGGACCUGGAAUGGCUCCCCCAGAGAGGCGCCCGGCAGAAGAAAAUCCACCAGUGGUUGGGAAUCAAAAAUGCUGAAGACCAGUAUGCACUGAUGGAGGAUGAGGAUGGCCUCCCCCACCAUGAGGAACGAACCUGGUGUGUGGGCCGCUCCUCAUCCCGCAUCAUCAGCCGAUUGAUUUUAGAGUUUUAUCGACUCUUCUUCUGA